AUGAAUAUCACUUUUCAGUACCAUGUUGAGGAUGAUUUGACUCAUACGUUACCUCCUCGAGCGGUUCACCAGUGCAACAUUUGCAACAAAAUUUUCGUUUCCUACAAGGGUUUACAACAGCAUGCUGUUAUUCAUACCGACCAGAAACCUUUCCAGUGCGAUGUAUGUGGGAAGGCGUUUCGUUUCAAGUCCAAUCUUUUUGAGCACCGGUCUGUACAUAGUGGAUACACUCCUCACGCCUGUCCAUACUGUGGAAAAACCUGCCGGUUAAAAGGGAAUUUAAAAAAGCAUCUCAAGACUCAUGUAACAACGAAAGAGGAAUUGGAAGAAGCUUGGAAGCCUUUUGCUAGCAAUCGUCGGCCUCCAGCGGAUAUUCCUGAUGAUGCUAUUAUUGUUCGUAGUGGUGGUGAGACGUUCUUUACUCCUCCGAGCCGUCCGAGGAAGCGGAAAUUGGGGCUUGGGAAUGACCCGCAUGUAUGGAUAGAGAAAAUACGAAGGGGCGAAAUUGUGCCUUGCGCUACUGUGUCAGAAAAGAUGCGGAGGCUCUCUGAAUUACUUAAAGCUGCCGAAUCCGGUGGAUUUAAUAUGGAAGAAGUCUUUGAACAAGCAAGAGCCUUGUCUUUCGAAAGAUUUGAUUGCCCGUUGUGUAAAUCUGUCUUUAUGUCAAAGAUGGAGUGUAUUGAACACUUAGAUAUAGAGCAUCCCAUGGCUAGGAUGGAGAGGCCAUUAUUUUGCGAGAUUUGUGUAAAAACCUUCGUUGAUCGGAAAUCGAUGGAGCAACACGAAAGCUAUCAUAAACGAGUACAUCUUCUAAUAGAGCAGGGGGACCUUGAGAUUGUCGAACCGGAGAUUUUGUUGCCUGAGACUUGUGAUGUAGUCGAUGAUGAUGUGAAUAACGUUUAA